AUGACGGAAUAUAAAUGUCCUGAUGGUUUGGACUUGUUCUGUUACAUAAACAGAUGUGAUAUAAAUGAACUAAUUGAUUAUACGGAAGAGAUUGAUGGUAAAUCCUCAUAUAGUUGUAAUGAGCAUAAUAAUUAUUGUGAAUAUAAAAUUCCACCCCUUUUACAAAAUUUUGAAAGUAAUCAAGAAGACUCAGAAAAAAGCUCCGUAAAGAGUUAUAUUGAUGAUGGGGCAUCGACAAUUAUUUCAAAAAAUGAAGAGGAAAAUAAUAAUAGUUUAGAACAUAACAGAACAGAAAAGAAUAGGGAAAAAAAAGAAGAUAUAGGGGAAACGCGUGAAGUAGGGCAAAAACAGACGAAACAACAAAACUCACGAGAAGAAAAAAUUAAUAUAAUAAUUAUCAAAAAUAAAAAUAGGAUAAACAAUUUUGAAGGAAUACUCUCUAUGGCAAAAUCAAAUAAUAAAAAUAUACAGAAGAAAUUGAAUGAAAGAAUUUAUCAUAUAUGUUGCAAAAGUAUUGCAGAUAUAAAUACACAUAAUUUAAAAAAAGUAAGAGAUAUAAAGGGAAAGCAGGGGAAGCUUACCAUUGAACAUAUUGAUCAUAAUGAUAUUUUUCUAGCAAUAUAUGACAAUUUUGGGAGUAAAAAAAAAAAACAUAGCAGUAAUAUGUUAUAUGGCCAUUCAUGUGAUAGUCAGAGAGGAUGGCACGAUAAUAUUAGGUACCAUGAAAAUGUCUUAAAAAAAAGAAAAGAGAUAAAUCCGUACAAUACUCAACUGAAUGAUGGUAAUAAUUUCAAGCCUUGCAGAAAAAAAAAAAAAAAUGAUUAUUUCUUCCGUAAUAAUAUACACAGUCGUAUAAUUAAUAAAAAUAGUAGUAAUGCGCAUAGAAAGAAAAUGCCUCUCCACAUGGUACAACAUAAGACAAAUAAAAAUGUCAUGGAUAACACGUCUGAUUUCGAUUCACAUGCUAUAGAAUUAGAAGAGCUUACAUUAAAAGAUAGAACAUCUUUAAAAAAUUUUUAUUUAAAAAAAAAUAGAAAACGCGCAAAUCAUAUAUUUGUGUCCUCAUAUGAUGAUGUUAAGGAUAGUGAUCAUCAUGUUGAUCAGUAUCGUCAUCAUCAUGUUGAUCAGCAUCGUCAUCAUCAUGUUGAUCAGCAUCGUCAUCAUCAUGUUGAUCAGCAUCGUCAUCAUCAUGUUGAUCAGCAUCGUCAUCAUCAUGUUGAUCAGCAUCGUCAUCAUCAUGUUGAUCAGCAUCGUCAUCAUCAUGUUGAUCAGCAUCAUCAUCAUCAUGUUGAUCAGCAUCGUCAUCAUCAUGUUGAUCAGUAUCGUCAUCACCAUGCUGAUCAUCCUCGUUAUGAACAUUACGCAUAUGGCUACUCUCAACGAAGAGAAAUGUUAUUAUCAAAUGAGGUAGUCCGUUCAGAGUAUAUGAAUAAUGAUACGACAACUGUUGCACCUAACAAUGUUUAUGUAAAUAGAGACAUGUCAAGAAGAGAAAAUAUAAUGAGUUAUGAGAAAAACGAAAUUGAACAAGAACACAAAUGUAACUAUUCUUUGCGAAAUUAUGAGGAACAGUCAGCAGAAGGUGAAUAUGUUAUCCCUUUACCUACACAGAUCAACAAGAAAAAGAAGGAACAAAAUCUAAGGAAUGAAGAUGCAAAUUUUAUAUAUGAACAUGUUGAAAAUGAUGUUUAUCCGUACCAAAUAUUCGAACCAAAAGAAAGGAUUUCCCUUGAUGAAGUGUAUGAUGACAGCAUAAAUUGGCAUCCAUCUCAUAUGGAAGAAGUCAGUAAUACAGCUAAGAACUCUGCUAAUGUUGUUAAUGUCCCAAAUAGAUUUAAUAAUUCUUGUACUGGAAAUGAUGAAGAUAAUGGAGGAAGAACCUGUGCAGAUGAUAACAUAUACUUAAAGAGAAAAAGUGUAGAAGAAAUAUAUCAGAGUCGUGCUGAUAUAAUUAGUAGCAUAUCAUGUGAAGGCUUAUUAAAUAAUACUGAACAAAGAAAAGAUGAAAAUAACGUAUAUGAUGAUUUAGAAGGGAUAGAAAGGAGCAAAUCUUUAGAAAAACAUGAUUUAGUGAUUGGUGAGGAGGGGCAUGUGUAUGAGAAUUUUGAUAAUGUUAGAAGUGACUUAAAAUGUAGCAAAAGUAGCAAUGAUAGGAGGGAAAAGAGCAGAAUCCAUAAAUGUUAUGAUAAUUUAAGAGAAGGAGAAAUACGAUUAGGUAAUGAUAUAUUUUGUUCAUUGGACUUAUCUAUCCCUAAGAAGUUAGGUAAUACAUAUGAUGAAUUAGUACCCCACGUAAAUAGUUUUAAAGGUGAAGAAAGUGAACAUGGGGAAGGUUUUUCAAAUAGUAAAGGAGAAAAAGAAUAUUUUGACUUGUUAAUUAAAAAAUAUGAAAAAACUAUGUUGACAAUUGAUGAGCUUGAAAAUUUAUCUUUUAGUAUGAACAGUGCAAAAGAAGAUGGAAGUACAAACGAUCUAAAAAAGGAAGCGUUGAAGAAGGACGAAAUGGAAAUAUCUGAUGAUCGCAAAAGUUUGAAAUGUAGUAGUGAAAAGUUGGACCAGGAAAAAGAGAAGCAAAAGAAAAGAAGUGUUUGUCAAGAAGAAGGAACUCCCCGGAAAGAUACACACCAUAAUGUAGACACAAACACUGAUGCUAAUGAUGACCAUUCGAAGGACUUAAACUACCCUUGUGGGGUUGAGGAAGAUAUAUCAGGAGUAUCAGAAGCGGGGAUAAGUGGAGGAUAUGAAAAACUACUAGAAAAUGACAUGUACGAUUUGUAUAAUUUAAAGAUGCAUGAUUUGGAGAAUCUAAAAUCUUAUGAUUUUACAUCUUCGAAAAAUUUAUUAAAAAAAGAUAUAUUCCUUUAUAGUAGUUUGAAUAAUGAGGAGGAAUGCCUUGAUAAUAUGGAUGUUAUUACUUAUGAAGAAGGGGAUGAUAACAACCAUUCGAAUAAUGACUCGGUGGAAAAGAAUUACAAGAAGUUAUCGCUAAAUGGCGAUACAAUGGACGAAGAGAUAGAUGUACGUGAUGACAAGGAAAUUGCAAGCUUUUUGGAGAAGCUGAAAGCUGAUUUGGCUAACCAGAUAAAUAUAAACAAUGAAGAGGAUAGCGGUAAUAAUAAUAAUAACAAUAAUACGAACAAUAUAAACAAUAUGAACAAUAUGAGUAAUAAUGGGGACGAACGAGCAUUUGACUUGCUCGAUUCGGUUCAUGUAAAUGAUUACUAUUAUGACUGCGAUGAUGGAAGAGGUGAUGCUGUCAUAAAUACUACCCAUGUUGAUAAUGAAAUGAUGAGAAAGUCGAAGAAAAACUCGAAAGACAAUAAUGCUAAUUUUUGGCACAAUGAUGAAUGUGCGGAUCAUGAUGCAUAUGUGAACAACGAUAUGAUAGAUAAUACUAGUGGUAAUGAUGCCCCUGUAGAUUCAGAACUUAAGCUAUCGGAUCUUAAUGAGUCUAAUGUGCAUAUGGAUAGCAAUUCGUUAUUUAACGUGGGUGAUAUCAGUGGGAAUAAUAAUUAUCACGGUACUGAUCAUGAUGCUAAGUAUGAUACGAAGUAUGGCGCUAAGCAUGACUCUCAGUAUGAGAACAAUAAUAAUAACAACUUUAACAUUAACUGUAACAGUAAUAGUAAUAGGAACAGUAAUAGGAACAGUAAUAGGAAUAGUAAUAGGAAUAGUAAUUACGACAGUGGCAGCCCUCCCAAAAUUCCCGAAUUAAUGAAAAACACGGAGUGUCAGACGGAUUUCCCCCUAGACGUUUCGAGAAAUACAAACAGAACACCAAGGAAAAAAAGUGUAGAGGUAAUAUUAGUGAAAAGAAAAUUAAAAAGGAUAAAUGAAAAGGAAAUACCAAGAGGGAGUAUCGGAGCAUCACUUAACCAUGAUAAGGAUAAUAGAAAGAGGAGGUACCCAAAGAGAAAUAGAAUCAAAACGCUACGAUACUGGAUAGGUGAAAGAGAACUCACAAAAAGAAAUCCAGAAACAGGGGAAAUAGAUGUAAUAGGGUUUAGUGAAUGUAAAAAUAUAGAUGAUCUAUCACCUCAUAUUAUAGGGCCAUUUAAAUAUAAGAAAAUCUAUUUAAGAGAACAAAACCGUUCAAGAAAAAAUUUUAAUAUGGAAGAAAUGAAUGAACAGCAUUACAGUAAUUAUUAUGGAAGAAAGAUAUUAAACGACGAUGUGUUUAUAGAGGAGGACGGGUACACCAACAGAUUAAACGAUGUAACAAAUAGUAACACCACUCAGGAUGAUUAUUAUCGUCAUAGUCAUCGUUAUCAUUAUCAUCAUGUUAAUCGCAAUAAGGAAGGAACACAUAUGCAAUAUAAAAAUAAUAUAUUAUACAAAGCAUCAAUGAAGGGGAGUAAUAGCAAUGAUGCUGAUAAAAAUACUAAUCUACCCAGAGCUAAUCGAUUCUCCAAUAGAGCUGUUAAUCUUAAUGAUAACAAAAAGUGGAAAAAACGAAAAAAACGUAAAUUCAUUAAUAUCAUUAAUUAUAUAAAAAAAAAAAAAAAAAAAUUAAUAAAAAGCAGUGACAAAAGGGAAGGAGAAAUUUUAUUCUACCAAAAUGUUAAAAAAGACAGUACGGCUAUUGGUGGAAGUAGAUGUUCUGAACACGUUAAUAAUGGUAAGGGUAAAGAUUCUAAUAUGAACAACGAUGCUAAUACAUUCAACAAUGCUAAUCUUCUAACGGAUGGAAGUUACAUGAUAGAGCAUGUAGCUACAAAUGACGAAGUGUACAAUGAUAUGUAUGAGGAAGAAGGGACAAACAGAUUAUUAAAUGACGAUGUAGCAUGUGAUAGUCUUCCUUCGAAUGAGGGAAAUUUGUUCCUUGAUGUGAACGGUGUAGGUGAUGCGGAUAUGGAAGUAGCUCAUAUAGCAGAUGUGGAUAAAGCAUCAGUAGUUGCAGAUGGAAACGAACCAAACGUGAGUGAAGAGAUGAAUUGUUCGAACGACAAUAACUCGAAUUGUAUGGAUGACGGAAAGAUAGAAGGAGUAGAAGUAGAAGAUGAAACAUUUGAAGACGUUGAAGCAGAAGCAGUAGAAGACGUUGAAGCAGAAGCAGUAGAAGACGUUGAAUCAGAAGCAGUAGAAGAGGUUGAAGCAGAAGCAGCAGUAGAAGGUGAGGCAGAAGUCGAUGAGGCUGAACGGGCGGAGAAAAAGGUAAACGUGUCGGUGAAAAAGAAAAAAGUCAAAAAAAAAGUGAAUAACCAGAAAAAAAAAAAAAAAAAAGACAGCAAAAUAGAUGAAAUGUACAAAGAGCUAUCCAUAUUAAAUUUAAAUUUUCGUAUCUCCAAUGAAAAAAGAAAUAAUGAGGGGAAAAAAGGCAAAGAAAAGGAAGAUAGGGGAAGGAAAAACGAAUUUAAGGGAGUAAACAAGGACAUAAGUAAGAAGAAGGCAAAAAAGAAAGAGAUGAAGAUGAAGAAGUUGAAACAAGAAGAAGAAAAUGAAAAAGAAAAUACAAAAGAAGAGAAAUUAAAAGAAAAAGAAAAUACAAAAGAAGAGAAAUUAAAAGAAAAAGAAAAUACAAAAGAAGAGAAAAUAAAAGAAAAAGAAGAAACAAAAGAAAACGCAAAAGCAAAAGAAAACGCAAAAGCAAAAGAAAAUGCAAAAGCAAAAGAAAAUACAAAAGCAAAAGAAAAUGCAAAAGAGAGCUUAAAUGAUAGUGAGGAUAAUCAGUUAAAGGGAAAAAAGGAAUACAAUGUUCAGGAGCACUGGGAUGAGGAUUUAAAAUAUAGCGAAAAGACCUUUUUUAAUGCAGAAGAGUGUAAUAGAAGUGCGAGUAAUUAUGCAAGAAAUUAUGCAACCUAUUAUGGAACUAUUUUGCAUGUGCACAUGCAUAGUAAUAGUGCAGAACAAACUGUGGUCACCUCUAUAUGUGGAAAGGAUGCAGCGCAGAGCGCUGAUGAAGUUAUACCAGUUAAUAAUGGAAAUAAUGGUGAUAGCACAGUUGGCACGAUUCUACCUUAUGAAGGAGACCAGAACACAUUUGGUAGUAGUAGUAGUAGUUCUAAAAACACGAGUGGACAUAAUUUAUAUAUGACAUUUCUAGAAAAAACAAAUAAAAAUUAUAUGAACAGAAGUUAUAUAAAUAAAAUGAGUUCAGAGGAAAACUAUUAUGAGGAUAUUAACCCGGCACAUAAGAAAAAAAGAAUACUUUCCAGUGUAAAUGAGAGUGAAAAUGAAAAUAGUAGUGUAGAUAGUGAUUUAAUAAAUGACGUUAUUUCGAAAGAAAAUAUGGGUUCAGAGGUAGAAGCGGCUGUAGAAAUACCAAGUGCGGACCGCAAAAAUAAAUAUACAAACAAAAGGUCACUCAAGAAGUCGUAUAGCAGCAACACAAACAGUAGAAGCAUUAUUAAGAAAUCUCCUACAAAAUUGUUAGCAGGUUUUAUUUUUAAAAAGAAAGAAAUAAGAUAUGCAAUGGAAAAAGGGGAAGAAGGAAUUCUAUCAAGAAAGUAUUAUGCGAACAAACAACAAAAAGGUGCUUGUGUAAACGAAGUAGAUAUUUCUCUAGUAUGUUCCCAGAACAGUUUUGUAACAGGAUUACAUUUUUAUGAUCGAUUACACCCAUGCGCAGGAUUACCCCUCGUCCAACAGAGUUUGCUUGGAGGUUUUAAGUUAGACCUGAAUUUGUACUGCAUUAGGAUGGAGCUAAAUGGACAGUAUUGUUCAUUUACCUAUCAGAAUGAUUUGGUAGGGUAUAUCGACAAGGGGGAAAAAAUAAAAAUCUUUUUGAAGAAUCAGGAAAGAUGCUAUGAGAUAGGGGAUUUUUUUUACAUUCCUCCAUUUUCAAACUUUUUAGCUAUUAAUAAAAGCAGAUGCGAGUGUAUUUUAUACGUCUGUCCAGUAAAAAAGUGA